CCUUGUCCGCACACCGUUUGUCAUGUGGGAGCGCAUAUUAUCAAGCCAGUCGGGUUGCCAUGCUCGCCCUGCUGGUGUCGCUCACUGAGGCGUACGAGGACUCGCGCGCGCCAGCAACGUCCUCGUCAGCCCUGGUGAUGCCUUCGAGCUCCUCAAACGUAGCAGGAGGGCAAAGCGAUGCUCCUUCUGCGUACUCUGAUACCGCUGCCUGCAAAGUUCAGGCCUUCACCGCAAGCCCGCACGACCUGAUUCCUCACUGGGGACCCUGCCCAAUAGCGAUGUCCAAAUGCUCGAACCUCGUGUGCCCCUUUGACCAAAGCCGACAUGGAGGGGUACACGAUCGGACCGAUAAUUUGCGAUGGUGCGACGCGAGUCCAAGACAGCAAUGGCAUCUUUCCAGAUAGCGGAUACGGGGCUUCUGACGCCACACUCUACGUCUGCUCCUGCAGCAACCGAUUCACUACUGGCGUCGAGGUGCAGCUGGUACGAUACGCCGGCCUACGACAGCGUCUCCUAUUGGGUCGAUUGCUUCGAAGAGGAUAGCAGCGGUAGCAAGAAGCAUCUCCCGCUUCCACUCGCGGACAUGGUGAGGGGACCCAUUCUU